AUGUUUCAGACUUCAUCGGGUGAUAAUCGUCAGUCUUCGCAGAGUGCACAACGAGUUGAAGAGGCUAUCGGUAUUUUGAAGGAUGAUAAAGAAUUUGAAGAAUUCGAAAAAGAAUCCUGGUCAACUUCUGAGGAGGAGACCGCUGAUCUGUAUGUUUGGGAUGAUAAAUGGGACUGUGAAGUUGAACUAGACGAUGAAUUCACUGAAUAUUUAAGAUGCGAAUUAACUAAACUUGGCCAUAUACAGAACUCGACGAGUUGAUAUAUAUCUAGAAAAGACUCGUGUAAUUUAUCAUAUGUGUAACAUAUUUUUCUGUAUGAUAUUUUUUUGUUACAAUUGUUAAUGUUUCAACUGAGAGUGUACAUGUUAACUGAUAAUAAUCUUUCCUUUUCUAUCCAAUAAAUCCAUGUACCGUUUCUUAAUUGACCCUUUUUUUAAAUAUUUUUGAAUGCACUAAAGCAUUCUGUAUACGAAAAAAUGUCUGUAGAUUAUCCUUCAUCUGUAGAUGACUAAUCCCGAAAUGUAUUUUGCAUUCUAAACGAUCAAAUUGUUAUUUUGUUCUGGCUUUCUAAGUGUUCUUUAGAAGGUGAAGGAUGUUGGCAUGAACGUAGGACAUGAUGAUAUGAUGGUAAACGCAUGUAAUUCUCUAAAGGUCCCCUCCUUUCCAUCAAAUAUUUUUAUUCGAUCCGACCAAAGAACAGUUAGAAUGCUGAAGCAGAACAAUAAUUUAGUCGUUCAAAAUAUCAAGUAUAUUUCCGGAUAAGUUGUGAUGUGUUGAGACGUGAUGUGCUACCUUGGCCGAUUAAAGACCGUGAGCGGAAAGUCGAGUUUGCCAAGGUUUUAAGGUACUUAAACAUGUAUCUUCCACCCGCUUUGAAAUUUAUGGGCUAAUACUUUCGGGAGGUUUUAUUUCACGGUCCUCUGAGAAUACUUGGGAGGGGUGUCGAUGUAGUUGAAGAUUGAACGAUCAAUUCAUGGUUGUUUGCUCAAACCCGACUCCUCCAUAUUUUUCGCGGGAGUCAUCAAUCCAGCAGUCAUCGUCUCAUCGUUCGCUGUUCAUUGGAAGACAGAGAAAAACUAUCAGAAGUAUUAUCGUGAUUUAUUGUUAUAACAUUUAUUCUUAGACCCUGUGUAUAAUAACCUUAUUGUUGGUUACAUAUUGGCGUUAAGAAUAAAGGAUUCUCGAGUCGUCAAUCUGUGUUCUGGUAUUUUCGCGUUGAUUAUUACAAAUUGUUUCUGGAAUUCUUCCAAGGACAGCGUGAGGUCGAGCGUUGUAACAGCUGGACAUUGACAGUUUCUGAGAGUUGGCUGACAAGGAGAGUGUAAGCUGUCAUAUUGGUACCUUCAUAUCACCAUACCUUACGUGUUCUUCUACAUCCUUUGUAUUCUCAAAACCCAUAAGGCAUACACUGGCUUAAAACUUCUUUCUGAAAGAGGUCCUACAGUGAUGGAGUUAGGGGAACCUUUUUAUAUCUGAACGAUGACUAAAUUGGUAACGAUGAAUGGUAUUGGUUAGUACAGUGAUAAUAAUGUUAGUAACUUUUAUUGUGUUUGGGAUGCCAUUUGUUUUUCAUUCAAAUUUUUAACCAGUGGAGACUUUUUGAUAUGGCAACCCAGCUUGCAUACUAGACAACAGUUAGUAUUACGUGAUUAGAAAGAAUAGUUCACAUUAGGACACUGGAUUUUUAUUCAGAUUAAGCUUAUUCCGAUUUUUACUGUAAUUGAAGAAGCACUUAGUGACAUGUUCUCUGCAGUGAUAUUUAAACAUUAUUUAGUUAUCAAUAUGUUCUUCCAUUUUAGUGUUUUAAAUGAUCUCUGGGGCAUAUUUUUGUUGCUGGUCACGUAGUAGUUGUGUGGUGAGAGCUGGCUGCUAGC